AUGCCUGUUACUGAAUUACAAAUAGAUUCAAAUCAAAUAGAUAAUAAUGAUGUGGAUAAUAUAAUAAUUGAUACUGAUAAUAAUGAUAUAGAACAACAACAACAAUAUUUAAAUAAAAUUAAUCAAUUAAAUCAACAACAACAACAACAACAACAACAGCAAUUACAAGAAGAAAAACGCGUAUAUAAUAUAUCACCAUCUACAACUACAGCUCUUCAUCAACGACUUCCAAAUAAUCUCAAUCAAAAUCAAUUAAAUAAUUUACAAGAAUUUAAUUUUAAUAUUAAUAGAAAUUUUAAUUUUUGUGAUGAUGACGACGCUAAAUUACCAAAAGUAAUUGAUAAGACAAUAAACACCGAUAACUCCACCUAUGAAAUAAAACAAAAACCAACACAAACAACUAUUGUACGAGAAGAUACACAACAAUAUACAACUCAAGCCAAACAACAAUUAAUUAAUGAUGAUGAUGAUGAUGAAACACUUUAUGAUUUAGAUAAUGAUACCUUACCAACUUCCAAAUAUUCAUUAGAUUACUUUGAUAAUUUUAAACAACCAGAUUCUUUUAUACCCAAUUAUUCCUCAACUUAUUUACAACCAAAUUCAAAAUUUAAAGGUCAACAGAAAAGUGGUGAUAAAAUUUUUCAAAUUAAAGUUGAAUUUAAAACUGUUGAUCUUUCAAAUUCUUUAUGUACUGGUUUUUUACAAAUUUAUGGUUUAACAGAUGAAUUCAGUGAAAUUAUAACUUAUUUUAAAGGUGAAAUUAUAAACAAUCCAUUGAAUAACAGUGCAAAUGUAAAUUAUUCAUUUAUUACAGAAAAUAAAAAUUGGGGAUCAUUUCCUAAAAAUGAUUAUGAACAUUGGAAGAAAUUAACUAACGAUGAAUCAAAUUUACUUUCAGAUUUACAAUUGAUUGAAAAAUUAAAUAAAAUUAAAGAGAAUCAAGAUGAUGGGAGUGGUCAUUUUAUUUAUAUGAGAUGGAAAGAAGAAUUUUUAUUACCUGAUUCAAGAAUAAAACAAAUUUCAAAUGCUUCAUUUGAAGGUUUUUAUUAUAUUGUUUUAAAUGUGUUAAAUGGUGAAAUUUCUGGAUUAUAUUAUCAUCAUUCAAGUGAAAAAUUUCAAAGUUUAAAUUUAAAAUAUGAAUCAAAUUUUGGAAUUAAUAAUAGUUUUGAAUAUAUUUAA